CGUGACAUUUGUAGGUUAUGUUUUGAGGUUAGGACCUAACCGUUGGGUGCUGUAUUUGCCUGAAAUAUGAAUAAACUACACUUAUUCCUAAGAACGCCCACACUUAACAGGAAACUGUUAAAUCCAACAUCAUGUCUGAAAGAAAUUUGCUCGAAUAAGAGUUUUUCGUCCGAGUCUGAUAAUAAUGAUAAAAAGCCCAAGAAAGAGGAGGCGAUUAGUAAAUUGAAUGAUUUACUGAAGAAAAUGCUUGAGGAUGACGUGCAAUUGGAACCCAAGAUAAAAUUGGCCCAACCGAGUUAUAAAAAGGAAAAAUUUAGCAAGAAAAAAAGUAUUUCCAAGGAACCAGUCAAGGAAAAUAUCGUCAAAGCAGUUAAGGAUGUUGCCAAUACAAUACCAGGGGAUCCUAAAAUAACUGAAUCUGAAUUAUUAACAAAAUUAUUGACCCCUGCAGUAGAAACGCCAGCCACUUAUAAUCUAAGUGAUAUUGUAAAAGGAAUGAAAAUAGACCGUGAAACCAAACCAAGUGAACGCCAAACAAGGGCAGAGCAAGUAAAAAAUAUACUGCAAAGAUUUAAACCGUCUGACCAAAAUUUAUCCAGUAGCAACCAAAGAAGUCAAAGAAGACAGCAAAUUCCAAAAAAAACAGUAGAAAGUUCAGAAAAAAUUGAUUUAUUUGGUUCUGCACCAUUGGGUAUAUUUACUAAAAAAGAAUACAUCGAAGGAGUGGAGAAUAAAACAUGGAAAAGUUUGAAUGAACGGGAGUUAAAAUUGGCUAUAACUCACCCCCCCGCAAACUACUACCAGGAAAUGAUUUUAUGGACUGAGCAGGGGAAAAUAUGGAAAUUUCCCAUUGAUAAUGAACAAGGUAUGGAAAGUGAUUCGGUUUCUUUUGAUGAACACGUCUUUUUGGAGAGGCACUUGGAGGGUUGGUGCCCUUCAAAAGGCCCCAUACGACAUUUUAUGGAAUUGGUUUGUGUGGGGUUGUCGAAAAAUCCUUACAUAAGUGCCGACGCCAAAAAAGAGCACAUCAUGUGGUACAAAAAUUACUUUGAGGACAAGAAAAAGUUGCUGCUAGAAGUUGGGGCUUUCCCUGCAGAAACCAAAUCCAAGCAAAAAAGUGUGGAGUAGAAAUAAAAAGUUUAUAGUUGUUUUAUUUUAAACGAAUUAUUUAUUAUAAUAUAACAGUACAAAACUUAAUACCCUAUUCUUAAACUUUAAAUAUUUUAAAGUUAAAAAACGUUUUUCAAAAUUAUUUAUCGUUUUUGUUGAUCACCAAAUUAUAGAAAAUAUUCCCCCC